AUUUCAGUUUUUGACCCGAAGAGAUCAUGUUAUCUACUAUGCACAGAUUCCUUUGGACUUUGGCCUUCAGUGUUUCCUUAGAUACGUAGUAAUUCGUUAUUUUUAUAUAGUGUGUCGUUAUUGUGUGGUGUGGGUGUGUUGUGGCUGGUAUUUGGGACGAUUUCGGCCAAUAUUCGGUAGUGUCUGGAUGAGUACAGUUGUAGGAUGUGUCGUGCAGUGCGAAUGUCAUUUGUCUCAGUCUUAUGAUAGUGUUGGGACUUGGGGCAAGUGGAUGAUUGGCAGCUGCCCUCGUUGGAUAGAAUGAGCCAAAUGGCGACAGACGACAGUAUGAGUGACGACGUGUUUGAAGACGACACGCUGCGUGCGCCUGCGCAGUCCGCACAACGAAGCACCCCCUCCCCUACAGGGUACAGGGACUACCACCCUCCUGCUGUCACCCCUUCCCGAACACAAGACGAUGAUGAUGUGAUUAUACAUAAGACGAUCCUGUUGGGUGACAGUGGAGUGGGUAAAACCUCUUUGUUAGUGCAGUUCGAGACUGGAAAAUUUCAAGCUGGCAACUUCUCAGCAACCGUCGGUAUCGGAUUCACGAACAAGGUAGUGACUGUAGACGGCGUCAAAGUGAAGCUUCAGAUUUGGGACACCGCUGGCCAAGAGCGCUUCCGUAGCGUAACACAUGCAUACUACAGAGAUGCUCAUGCGUUGCUGCUUCUAUACGAUGUGACAAACAAGAUUAGUUUUGACAACAUCCGAGCGUGGCUGGGGGAGAUCCGGGAAUACGCGCAAGAUGAUGUCGUCAUCAUGUUGUUAGGUAACAAAUCCGACAGCGGCCUAGAGAGGGCGGUGAGGCGGGAGGAGGGGCAGCGCUUAGCGAGAGAAUACCAAGUGUCGUUUAUGGAGACAUCAGCCAAAACCGGACUGAAUGUCGAAGCUGCCUUCGCCCAUGUGGCACGCUCUCUAGUAGCGAAAGCGAACCCCGUCGACCCUUCGAGGCUGGCGGUGCGCGCGCAGCCAACACAGGAACAACGGUCUUCGUGCCCGCCAUGUUCGUAAUUUGGCGGCAAAUUCAAAUUUAGAAUGUUGAACGAUGUGGACCAAAGUUGGUGAAUGGUUUCAUCAGUUGAUUAGUUGAUGCUGUGUUGAAGAGACGUAUUGUGUGUGUAUGGAAAUGGUUAUUAAAUGGCUAAAGUAUUGCUAUGCGUUGGACAAGGUCUAUGAAUGUGAGAUGUUAUAUAAAUUUAUCAAAUGUAUUAUAUAAUACAGUACCGACUUCUAUUGUAAUUUUUGAUAAGGUACUUCGUAUAUUGUUUAUAGCUAAAUGUAUUAUGAGAACAUAUAUAAUUAAUGUAUUUACUUAUUUCCUUACUAAUUUUCCUGUUAGCCCGAGGAAGUGAACUUUUGAUGAUAACACGUAUGCUUUAAACAUGGUCGUUCGAGAGACGGAAAAAAUUGAAAAGGGCUUGUAAAAUGUACUUUGAUAAAAUGUAUUUAUUGGAAAAAUAUUUACCAUUGUAGUUGAAUACUUAAUGAACAUAUAAGUAUUGUAUGGAUUUAGAAAACCUAUUGUUUGUCAGAAAAUGAUGUAGAUACACCGAUGCAAAUGUGGUAACUUCAUAUUUUCUCGCGGAUUCUCCAUCAUGUGUCUAUUACCUACUUAUUACUUAGUCAUAUUAAGUACAUAUAUUACUAUUUU